AGCAAAAAACACACACACAACAGUGAGUGAAGACAAGCCAAUACAACCAGCAAAACACAUCGACACUGAGAACAAGCUAAUGCACCCAGCAAAACACACCGAUACGUAGGCAGAGAGGUAAAGGACAGGUAGUCACGCUAGCACAAGGUCUGAUUUUAAAACAAAGCAAAAAAAAAUGCAUUUCAUAUCACAAGAAGACCAGGGCAAAACCGAGCCAGUACUGAUCGGAGUAAUUUAUUCGCGUGUGUGGAUCGUGUGAUUCGAAAAUAAGGGCAAUAUCUCUCCCUCUCUCCAUCUCCCUUGUCUGCCCAAAAAAAUAAACACAUGAGAGGGUUGAAACACGUGGCGGAGAAGCGAAUGUCCUCCCCGAUCCAGAGCGGUGAAGUUCAUCCAAUUUUUAUCCGAGCGGUCCCGUCUUCAGGAUGUCAGUGAACAGUUGUGUUGCUACGAGUAAAGGUGUCGAGUCGAACGCGGUUGAUACUUACGACAGUGGCGAUGACUGGGAAAUUGGAGUGGGGAAUCUGAUCAUCGAUUUGGACGCGGAUUUGGAGAAGGACAGGCAGAAACUGGAAAUGAAUAACUCGAGUGCCAGCAGCAGUACCAGCAUUGCGGCCAGUGGCAGCAGCAGCGGCAACAGUAACAUUAACAACGGCGGCAACAGUAACAACAACAGCAGCGGCGGCGGCGGCGGCGGCAACAGUAACAACAACAGCGGCAGCGGCAGCGGCAAAGACUGCGGGGCCAAUGUAGCAGCGGCUUCAGCCCUCACCGAGAGCCUCAAGUUUACCUCCUCUUCCGUCCAGCCUCCCCCCCCGGGCCAUCCCCACAAGGAGACGGGCAAAUCCAAAGUGAAAAGAAGCAAAACUUGCAAGGAUGCUAAUAAAUCUCUCUCCUCCUCCUCCUCCUCCUCCUCCUGCUGCUCCUCUGCCUCGCUGUAUGGGAUGCCUGAAAUUAGCAGUGCUGGCAAGAGGCAGGAAGUUCAAGGGCGCCCUGGAGAGGUUUCUGGCAUGAAUUCAGCCCUGGGUCAAACAGUUAGCAGCAGCAGCAGCGGCGGCGGCAGCAGCAGCAGCAGCAGCAGCGGUGGUUGCAAUAAUAACAAUAAUAAUAAUAAUAACAACAAUAACAGCAGCGGCAGCGUGAUUGGUAACCCCACCAUUGGCAAUUGCACUAAGGGCAAGGAGGAGAAGGCGGGCAAGGGCUCGGGCAGAGGGGGCUCGAAACGGGAUAAGGAGGCUGGCAGGUCCCGCAAGGAUGGCCACAAGCAGGAGGUGGGGGUGCCCCCGAUGCCGGCGCCCGGGGCGGCCGCCGCUCACCUCUUUGGCUACGGCCCCAAAGGCGGCAGCGGCAGCGGCAGCAUCAGCGGCGCCCCGCAGUGCUGCGGGGAGCCCGCCGCCCGCAUCCAGGACAUUAAAAACGCUCUGGAGUCAGGGAUACUAAGCCACCCCGUCGCGCUGAGAAAAGACGAGGAGGGGCAGGACGAGGAGAGUCCCCGGCCCGUCAAGAAAUUGAAAACUGAAAAGGUAAACUCCUCCAAGGUUGAUCCCUUGUUCACUGUGCCUGCACCUCCGCCACCAAUCUCUGUGAGCAUGCCGCCUCAGAUUCUGCCUUCCUACUUUCCUUCUUCAUCUGGCAUUGCUGCACCAGUUGAGCAACUUUUAGUAAGGACUCGUUCAAUGGGUAUAAAUACAUGUGAGGUUGGAGUAGUGACUGAGCCAGAAUGCCUUGGACCUUGUGAACCAGGAACUAGUGUAAACCUGGAAGGGAUUGUGUGGCAUGAAACCGAAGAAGGUGUUCUGGUGGUAAAUGUGACCUGGCGAAAUAAAACAUACGUUGGGACGCUUUUGGACUGCACAAAACAUGACUGGGCGCCUCCAAGGUUUUGUGAAUCGCCCACAAGUGACGUUGAGAUGCGAGCAAGCCGAGGUCGAGGCAAAAGGGCACGGUCUGUUGCUAAUGCCCCAAUGAACGAAGCCAGUUUUACGGAGUCCAGGGGCGUGCAAAGCAAGAACAGAGGCGGUGCCAAUGGAAAAGGGCGCAGAGGAAGUCUUAACUCGAGUGGACGUAGGACGCCCCCUAACUGUACCAUGGAGGAUGUGAAAACAAGCCCCUCGCCCAUCAACAAAAGGAAGAACAAGCCUCCCAUGGAGCUGGACCUAAACUCCAGUUCUGAGGACACCAAGUCUGGGAAGAGAGUCCGCACAAAUUCUAGAAGCACUCCAACCACCCCGCAGGGGAAGCCUGAGGCUACUUUUGUGGAUCAAGGCUGCUCUUCUCCAGUCUUAAUUGACUGUCCCCAUCCAAACUGUAGUAAGAAGUACAAGCACAUCAAUGGUUUGCGUUAUCACCAGGCUCACGCACACUUGGACCCUGAGAAUAAAUUGGAAUUUGAACCAGACAUUGAAGACAAAAUGUCAGAUUGUGAAGAGGCUUUGAGUAAUGUGGCAAUUGGUGUUGAGCCUGCUGAAGCAGGAAAUGGCACGUUGCUUUCUGGUGGUGGAUUGAGUUACGAUCAGAUAAAAGCACCUCCAUCACCUGUUCCUAGCACUCCGGGGACACCAAAGGGCCGCAAAGAGUUGGCUAAUAGUACUCAAAGCCCACUAGUCAACUCUAAACCUGGGAAGAAUGCUAGUAAAAGGAAAGGUCUUAACAAUGACCUGAAUAACCUUCCUGUGAUAUCCAAUAUGACUGCUGCUUUGGAAAGUUGCUCGGUUCCUGAUGGUAGCUCUGCUUCGGAAAUGCCCAAACUUGAAGUAGAAGGAGUCAUAGAUAAGAAAAGCAUGGGUGAGAAAGAAAAGGGGAAAAAGAACGGCAAUGGAAAAGUAGAUAAAACAUUAUCAAAGCCGAAGACAACAAGACCAAUUGCCCCAGCCCCUCCCCCACCACAGUUGAUCGCUAUUCCCACAGCCACAUUCACAACCACUACUGCAGGAACAAUACCAGGGCUACCUUCUCUUACUACAACAGUUGUCCAGGCAACACCAAAGAGUCCACCACUGAAACCUAUUCAACCAAAGCCAACAAUUAUGGGAGAGCCUAGUGCGGUAAACCCAGCCCUGUCCUCACUCAAGGAUAAAAAGAAGAAAGAGAAGCGAAAGCUGAAAGACAAAGAGGGCAAAGAGACAGUAAGCCCAAAGAUGGACUCUAAACUAGGGAAACCUGAGGAUUUAAAAGCUUCUGCAAAAGAGCUGACUGCACAUUUUUUAAAAGAGCAUCUCAAUAAGAAUGAAGUGCUUGUGAAUGGUUUAUGUGACUCUCAGGAGAGCAGAAUGGCCAGCAUAAAAGCUGAGGCUGAUAAGGUUUACACGUUCACAGACAAUGCACCCAGCCCUUCUAUCGGGAGUGCCUGUAGGUUGGAAUGCAGCAGUCUGGUUAAUGGACAAUCUCCCAUGACACCAUUGCACGUUUUAACACAAAAUGGUGGCGAUGGGACUGCUACCAAAACAAACAGCCCGGCUUACUCGGACAUUUCUGAUGCUGCUGACGAUGGAGGUUCUGACAGCAGGUCAGAGGGCACAAGGUCAAAGACUAAUUCUCCUGCAGAUACAAUUUCCUCCAAGGAGACUAUUGUAAAAGCUCACUCCUCGGCCUCUUCUCAGCCAACACAAAGCAAAGAGACUCAUUCACCUUUUUACCAUGGUUAUGAGCCUUACUAUUCCCCUAAUUACAUGCACCCUAGUCAGGUCAGUAGCACCACAACCGGGAACACUUUUUCAUCCCAAAGCAUCAAAGUGAAAAAAGAGACAGAGGAAGAGACUGAGAAAAAGGACAAGGUGGAGGUCUUGGAUGUCAAAAAAAGUGACACAAAUACAGUAAACGUUCAAGCUCAGCACCAAUCUGUCAUUACACAGAGACACCCAGCACUUGCCCAGUCACUCUAUUAUGGACAAUAUGCAUACGGUCUAUGCUACGUUGACCAGAAGUCAAUAAUGACAAAUCCUUCUUACAGGCAGCAGUAUGAAAAAUUUUACGAGGAGCAGCGGUUUGCAGAGCAGAAGCUGCAACAGAUGGGGAGAGAUAGUGAAAGGAAAAAUGAAGGGCAGCCAAAGGAAUUGGGGAAAGAUGAACUAAAGCAGAAAAAUAUUCCGACUGCUACAAUUUCAAAAGCCCCCUCUACCCCGGAGCCAAACAAAAGUAGCACAAAAGCGAAGGAUUCUUUCUUGCUGUCAGAAUCCUCAAAGCCCGGGACCAUGAACAAACCAGAUGAGCUUGUAAAAUCACACAUUCAACCUGUGCAGCAGCAACACAUGACAAUUGAUGGGUUUAAAGCCAAGCAAAUGGAAAACCACCAGCUCAUCAAGGAGGCAGUGGAAAUGAAGUCUGUUAUGGACUCUAUGAAACAAACAGGAGUAGAUCCCACCAUACGCUUUAAACAGGAGCCAGAUACCCGGGCGUGGCACCAUUAUGUUUACCAGCCAAAGUAUAUGGAACAGCAAAAGAUGGACGAUUUUGAACGAGAGAAAAAGCAGAAGGAAGACAGUCCAAUGAAGGCAUCCAGCAAAGAGGGAAAUGUAUCUAAUAUUCCCAUGGCAGUAACUAAUAUAAAAGAAGAGCCCAAAGAUGCCAAACGGGCUGAGUCCCAGUCUCUGUCGGUGGAGGACCAUAAAAGUAAAGCUGAUGAUCGUAAGACUCCUGUCAUUGCGAAGGAAUCGCGAGGAGCUCGUGUUGCUGUCUCAUCACCAAUGAAUCAGCAUCAAUCUUACAUUCAGUACCUGCACGCUUAUAAUCCUUAUUCACAAAUGUAUGACCCAGCCUACCGAGCAGUGUCUCCAGUGCUAAUGCAUAGCUACCCAGGAGCAUAUCUCUCUCCAGGGUUUCACUACCCUGUCUAUGGGAAGAUGUCCAGCCGAGAGGAGACGGAGAAAUCAAGCACAAGUCCCAAUGUAAACACUAAACCAGCGGCUGAAUCCAAGGCACUCGACCUGCUUCAGCAGCAUGCCAAUCAGUACCGCAGCAAGUCUCCUGGGCCCGCUGACAAGGCACCACCUGAACGUGAAAGAGAAGCUGAGCGAGAGCGAGAAAGAGAACGUCAUUCACCUUUUGCACAGCGGCAUGUACACACCCACCACCACACGCAUGUUGGGAUGGGCUAUCCACUAAUACCUGGCCAAUAUGACCCAUAUCAAGGGCUGGCAUCUGCUGCCAUUGCUGCCGGUCAGCAGGUAGCUGCACAGGCUUCUGCAUCUGCCAUUUUCCCUGCUCAGAGGAGGGAGUGAUGGCAUCAUGAGUGUAUAUUGAAUCAUAGUCAUGUGACUGGAUCACAUGAAGAAGAGGUUUAUACAGACAUCAGUUCCAUGGUGUUGAUUUCAAAUGCCUUGAUGUCAGGCAAAACCAGUCAUUUCAUAUUUGUAAAUUGCAAAUUUUAUAACUGAGUUACAAAUGUUGCUGUAAUUAAACUUUUGUUGAAAUAUAUUCUUUUUGUUUAUUGAUUUUUUUUGUAUUGGUAACCAGGCUCACAAAAGCAGGGUCGAUUAUUGUUGGCAGUGUCACAGUACUUUGCCAUUUCCUGAAAGUGUCAGCAACAAAAGAAGACAAUUGCUUGGUUUUGUAGAGCAUACUGUUCUGGGUAGAUGUUCCCUUGAACCGAGUGUGGCAUUUAGACCCUUGGAGAGGCUGACUGUGGCAGUGUUUACGUGUACUUGGUGGCUCCUUGAAAACACUUAGACACUAUUUAAAUGCAUCUGUGUGCUAACUGUAUUCACAUGUCCACUGCAUUGUUGUUUAUUGUGAAGAUUAUACAUGCAGAGGACUCUGAGGGUUGUAAGAACGCCCAUUGUGAUUGUGUGUGUGUGUGUGUGUGUGUGUGUGUGUGUAUAUAAUGUACAGGUUUGAAAUGGAAAAUAAUGAGCAUCUGUGAAUAUAAAAUGUCUUUAUGAUAUUGAAUGGCUGAUUACCCCAUAGCCUACAUAACCCCUUCCACCCACCCAUACAACAAGACAUCUGUGAUUGUUUAUUACUUGAACUAGUUCAGCAGUUUUAAAUGUUUACAAUUAUCCAGAUUUAGGAAGAACUUGUGCAGUUGCCUGGUUACUUGUUUUAUGCUGUAAUCUAGUUUAUUUUAUGUAAAAUGUAUAUUGAAUGCUUUCAUUUUUUAUACUUGCCUUAAAUAAUUCGGCAAUCAGAAUAAAAAAAAAUGUUUUUGUA